UUGUCAGCCAGCACGUUGGAGGUGAAGUGAUAAAAAGUUGUCGCUCUGUUGCAGUGUGACUGUUGAAUGUGAGUCCCUGUGUGUGUGAGAGUUGAGAAGUAGCCUUUCUCUGUCUGUCUGUGUGUGUCUCUCUCUCUGGGCAGUGAAUCCGAUCAGUUGUGCCUCUCAGGGGGCUGCAGGAUGCUGAGCAGGAGGUACCGGUCUGUCCCUGCACCUUCAGCCGCCUUUGACCGCUGCCGGGCCGGGGAGAGGCUGCAGGCUGCGCUGGCCGGGCUGCAGGAACUGAAGCUGCUGAAGGAGAAGCAGAGGGAGCUGGUGAAGGGGGCACUGGAGAUGGAGAGUCCGACAGCAGCACUGGCCACUAGGCAGUGUAUCACUGAGGAGGUGAAGUUGGAAGCGACCCUGAGCUGUCUAAAAGAGCAACUGUCACAUUUAAGGAAGCAAGAUGCAGGACUAAAAAUUCAUUUGCAACAACUGGACCGUCAGAUCCAGGAGCUAAAGCUCGACGUGAACAAGACUUCCUCAGAGCAACUGGAGAGUGACAGCAGACCAAGUUCGGGGUUUUAUGAGCUCAGUGAUGGAGGCUCCUGCUCUCUGUCUGCCUCCUGCACUUCCGUGUCCAGUGGGUGUACCUCAUCGUCAUUGAGCAGCAUGCUGUACUGCAGCCACCCGGCCGAGACCAGGGUCCUGAGGUCAGAGGGACGACCCCGUUCAGCCGAUGAGCUCACCGUGCCGUCACCGGCUUUCAAGCAGCAAGGUCCCGGCAAACGGCCAGGGGGAGGGAUCAGAACCAGCGCGGAGCUGCUUCCCGGUGUCCACACUGCCAGGCUCGGGGUCCCCAGGCGGAGACCAGUCUCUACAGGAGACUUGGAGAGGUUGGUACCGCGGCAGACUGGACCCAUGGGCAUAUCUGACCGGAAGCUGCCUCUGCCUGCCUUUGCCGGGAGUGAGCUACGGCUCCCCGCUCUGGAUCAGAGGUUCCGGUGCAACCUGAUCUCCGAGGACAGCAGCGAUGUCUACACUUACCCCAGCCCCCUCCAUGCCGUGGCUCUGCACAGCCCUGUGUUCUACCCCACGGGGCGGGUGGGUGGUGUGGACAGCAGGCCCCACAGUGUCCCAGCGCAGGGGGUGCUCCCCUCCAAAACGAGAGCUGUCUGUCCCAAAGAAGGAUCUCCACCUCCACAGGCCACCGUCGGAGGGACAGGGCCUGAACUGAGAGCGAGAGCCACCGUGACUGAGAAGGAGCAGGAGCCGUGCACUAAGGCCCCACCAAAGGAACAGGCCGUGAGGCCUUCUGACCUACAGCGGGCUGUCAGCUGCAGAGCUAUAGGACGUCCAGCAGGAGGCACUGUGGGCGCUGGAUUGAAGUCCCUGGGGGCUAACUGUUGGCCCCCAAUCCCACCCCCGGGUUGGGAGGGGUUAGAGGUGGAGAUAGAUGUCCCAUUCGGGUUGGUGGUGUCCAGUGACUCCUUGGGGACUCGCUCAAGCCUCUCCCAUUCGGUAGGCCUCACCAGGCAUGGGGGUCUGGAUUCCAGCAUUGACUCCAUUCAGACGACUGACCGGAGGACAGGGGUCAGGCCGGGGAAGGGCAAGAAUGGGUUCGCUCAUGCCCGGUUUGUGCCCGCAGAGUCCCAGCUCCGGCUGCAGGUCAGUAAAACCCAAGUGGCCAGAACUGAGAGGAGGGUCAGUGGUGAGACGACACGGGUGGCAAAGAGGCCAAGUGCCGGUGUAGGCCUGGCCGGCACAGGGGGCCUUGGAGCUCCUGGUCCAGAGUCCCAGGGCCGGGCCCAGUGGCCGAGGACAGGCAGGCACCGGGGUUCACGGGCUGGGCUGAGGGCACGGAUCCCCCCUUGCCCCCGCUCCCACCCCCGCAGCGAGUCAGAUGGUUCAGAGUAUUCAGCUGAGUGUGCCUCACUGUUCCACUCCACCGUCGCCGAGAGCAGUGAGGGAGAGGGCAGUGAGUACACGGCCAACCGCUUUGGGGACAGCGAGUCGAGUGGAAGUGAGGACCGAGGGCACAGGGUGGCCCUGGUCUGGCCAAAGGCCCCGGGGGGGCGGCGCCUCCCUGCAGAGGCCAGGGUUUGCCGCAUCAAGGCAUCGAAAGCUCUGAGGAAAAAGAUUCGGAGAUUCCAACCUGAAGCCUUAAAAGUUAUGACCAUGGUUUAGUGAGAUUGGGGGGUAGGGUGGGGUGAGCCCUAGGCCUCUUCCCUGGGAAUUGGGCCCUAGGUCUCUCCCCUGGAGACUGGGUUGUGGGCCCUGAACCUCUCCCCUGGAGACUGGGCCGUGGGCCCUACGUCUUCUCCCUGGAGACUGGGUCCUAAGUCUUCCUCUUGGAGACUAGACCCUGGACCUCUCCCCUGGAGACUGGGCUCUGGGCCCUAAGCCUUUCCUAUAGACACAGGGCACAGCCAUCUUGACAAAAGAAGAGGAGAUGAUGGUCUGUUGGUAUUGUUGCUAAAGUUUUAAUCCAGCGAUUGAGGUCUUGUUAUGGAGACUCCAUUUCGGAGACAGAUGAUGGAAUUUAAAUCCAGUUAAAAUGUGUAAUGAAGAGUCUAAUGAUAACCAUGUCAGAAAACCAAUCUGAUUUCCUCCUUUAGAGGAGAAAAUCUGCCAGCCUUACCUGGUCUGGCCUAUACGUGACUCCAGAUCCACGGCAAUGUGGUUGACUCUUGA